GGUGGGUGUGAGGGGACGGGGCAGUGUCGGGAACGCUCGCCCUGGUCGCUCUCUCUCUCUCUCUCUCUCUCUCUCUCUCUCUCUCUCUCUCUCUCACACACACACACACACAGAGUCAUGCUUUUUUGGUGUAUAGCGGAUUACAACGCACACCCACACCCACCGACAAACACACACACGAGGGCAAAGGCGAUCAAGGCGGGAGCCAUUUCACGGCGGCGAGCGGUCGCGGCGACAGGUAAUCAAUGCGCAGUCAUUGAGUGUAGCAGUUCCCUUCCGGGGAGUGAAGGCCCGAGUCAGAAAUUAUCCAAAUGGUUUCCCGCGUGUUUUCCAGUGCAGCCGUCAGUGCUGCUCGGUGCAGCGAUUCACAGUGUUUGCUGCAGAUCAAGGAUGGUGAGACACGUGUCAGACUGCGGCCCUCGUGUCUCCUUCCUUGUCGUCACAAACCCUUCGUCAGAAUUGGAGGCAGAACGUCAAGUCUGUGUUCCAGCCAACUGAGCUUGGGAUCCCAACAGGUUCACAGACGCCUUUUUGAUACCGAGUGGCUGGCAGGCCGGGGUUCUGUUGGUGAUCCCCUCCUUACGUUGAGGCGUCGGCGAGUUGUUGCAGAAGCCGCCAAUGGUCGUCAUCAUAAAUUCAAUGGCAGGGCCGGUUUCAGCAGCGAUGACAUUCAGCAGCGAGCCGCAGAGCUGACUGCCAACGUGCAGCGAAAGGUGUCUGAGGUGGCAGACGACCUUGCACAGAAAGCUCGGCAGCUGAACCGAGAGCAUGACCUAACUGGGAAGGCGCAAAGUGCAGCCGAAUCGGCGAAGUUAAGGCUUGAAGUGCUUGGCGAUGACCUGCGGCGUCAGUUUGACAGAGCCGAUAGGACGUACAAGCUCUCCGCGACCACUAGGAGGGCUGUUGACGUCGUGAGAGACAAAUUCGACCAGGCCGAUCAGCAGUACGGCUUGCGGCAGCGCUUUCGGAACCUCGUGGUUGACUUCAACAGAAAUUGGCCGGUCUAUUGGCGGCGGCUGGAGGAGUUUGCGGCAACGCCGUUGGGUCGCUUGGCUUCGUUCGCAGUGGUCGGCUGGUUGCUCCUCUCCGGUUGGAUUUUCACCUUUUUCAACAUUGCCGCCAUUCUCUUUCUGUGGGUUCUUCCGAUCGUAAUCCCGCUCGCAAUGCGGUUCUUGACGAAGUCGGCCGUCAUUCAAGGGACAUGUCCGGCUUGUGGAAGACCAUUCACCGGUCCGCGGAAUCAAGUGCUGGUGUGUCAGUCAUGCAGGGGAGUGGUUUGGCAGCCAAGGGAGGAUUUUUCAGGCCGCGAGGAGUCGGCCUCCAGAGUAAUUGACAUCGAGGUCGAGAGAGAUUAGGUCGAGGAAGCAUUGAGUGCACGUAGAGCAAGGAAAAAGGUGCCUUCAUGUCCAGGUCGAUGUUCUGUUUUUGUACAGUUUGUUUCUGACUUUCAUUCUUAGUUGGCGGUUUCAAAAAGUUGAUAUUGUUUUACGUUGUCUAUCCUCACCUCGUCCUUCUCUGGUUGGAGGACAUGGUUCCUGUGGUUGAGACCUAAGGGUCCUGACCUGUGUCUUCUGUGCUUGCUUUCUUUGUACCACUCUUCGGCUGCUGGAAGACUGUCUGACUGAUUGCCUGCUGGUCCUCUCUCACGCACUGAAAAUCUCUCUCUCUCUCUCUCUCUCUCUCUCUCUCUCUCUCUCUCUCUCUCUCUGUGUGUGUGUGUGUGUGUGUGUGUGUGUGCUGUCAUGGUCGCUAUACACAACUCCACAAAAAAAAGCAUGACUGUGCCAGACUAUUUCGUCAGACUUUCACUGACUCAUCAGGAGGUUGAACGCUGUGUGUGUUUGUGUGUGUGUGUGUGUGUGUGUGUGUGUGUGUGUGUGCGUGUGUGCAUGUGCAUGUGCAGAACGGCUAAUUGUACG